AUGGCACCAUUCAUUCAUCCUCAGCUCCAAUCUCUUGUGGCCAAAAUGACUCUCUUUGACACCAUACUCUUCUAUGUGAUACAUUUUGUGGACAAGGUUUUGUUAUGGCAUAGGCUUCCAGUGUUGUUGGGGUUAGCAUAUUUGGGAAUUAGAAGACGUUUACACUAUCGUUACAAUCUGUUACAUGUUGGAGGAGAGAAUGGUGUUAACUAUGAUAAGCAACACUAUUCGUAUCGGACUGCGGCGGGUACUUGUAAUCACCCCGAGGAUCAUUUGGUUGGUAGUCAGGGAACUUGUUUCGGACGGAAUAUGCCUCCAACCGCGUUAAACUAUGGGCUGCUUGAUCCUCAUCCUGCUCUGGUGGCAUCGAAGCUUCUAGCAAGGAAGAGUUUCGUAGAUUCGGGGGAUCAAUUCAAUAUGAUAGCUUGUUCGUGGAUACAGUUCAUGAUUCAUGAUUGGAUUGAUCAUUUGGAGGACACUGAACAGGUGGAACUUAGUGUUCCUGAUGAAGGUUUUGCAAGUGGUUGUCCUUUGAAGACUUUCAAGUUUUUCAAGACUAAGAAAUUCCAAACUGGCUCUUCGCAUACCAAGUUUGGCUUUCAAAACACCAGGACUCCGUGGUGGGAUGGAAGUGUGAUAUAUGGGAACAAUGAGAAGGGAAUGAGUAGAGUGAGAAUAUUUAGAGAGGGAAAGUUGAAGAUAUCAGAAGAUGGACUUCUUGAGCAUGAUGAGAAGGGUAUUCCUGUGUCGGGCGAUGUUCGAAACACAUGGGCGGGUUAUUCCCUUCUACAGGCUUUGUUUAUCAAAGAGCACAAUGCAGUAUGUGACAUGCUAAAAAAACACUAUCCCGAUUUUGAUGAUGAGCAACUCUAUAGGUAUGCAAGAUUGGUGACUUCAGCAGUCAUUGCGAAAAUACAUACAAUUGAUUGGACUGUAGAGCUCUUAAAAACCGAUACUCUUCGAGCGUCGAUGAGGAUCAACUGGUAUGGAUUUUUUGGGAAGAAAAUCAAAGAUUUAUUCGGAAACAUUUUCGGACCCGAACUUAGUGGAUUAGUCGGUCUUAAGGAGCCACGAGAUCAUGGAGUUCCUUAUUCACUAACCGAAGAAUUCACUAGUGUUUAUAGAAUGCACGCGCUUCUACCUGAGGAGAUUGUUCUCCGAAAACUCAAGCCUGCAACAGGCGCGAACAAAUCUCUUCCAAUACAUGAAAAGGUGCCAAUGGCAGAACUUAUAGGAAAGCAAGGGGAAAAAAGAUUGUCAAAAAUAGGAAUGGAGCAAAUGUUACUGUCAAUGGGUCAUCAAUCAUGCGGUGCAGUUGCUUUAUGGAACUUUCCUUCAUGGCUAAGAAACCUCAUUUCACAUGAUAUUGAUGGAGAAGAAAGACCUGAUCCAGUUGACAUGGCUACCAUGGAAGUUUAUAGAGAUAGAGAAAGGGGAGUUCCGAGGUAUAAUGAAUUCAGAAGAAACUUAUUGAUGAUUCCGAUUAAGAAGAAGAUAAAAGGAUUCGCUAUUAGUGAAACCGCUUUCUUUAUCUUUGUGAUAAUGGCUUCAAGGAGGCUAGAAGCUGACCGUUUCUUCACAACGAAUUUCAAUGCGAAAACAUACACAAAUGAAGGGCUUGAAUGGGUGAACAAAACAGAAAAUUUGAAGGAUGUUAUUGAUAGACACUUCCCUAGAAUGACUGAAAAUAUGAUGUCAAGCUCAAGUGCAUUUUCUGUGUGGGAUGCUAAACCAGAUCCUAAGAAAUUGUUACCAAUAUAUUUGAGAUAA